UUUGAGACUCCACCAGUGCGGCCUGCCCGGGCAUUUGAGACUCCACCGGUGCAGCUCCACCCCUUUCUCCCCCAUCUAUCCCCAACACCUCCUCUCCGUUCUCAUCCUAUGUUCGCCCCUGCGGCUAACCCUAGCCGCCAACUCGUGUUGCGGGCACUGAGGAUGGGAGCGGGGCGGCCGCCUCACGGGGUGGAGCGGCUGGGGCGUCACCGCUUGGGUGCAGAAGCAGUGGCAGCGGUGGCGCUGUGCUGUGGCGGAGGAGAAGGAUAGCGAUGUGGUGGUUCGAGCCUGGAGAGUAGCGCUGUCCUAUAUUGAGGUGGACUCCGAUGAGAAGCGCCUAAACAAGCUUGGUUACAAGGAAGAGCUCCGGAGGGAGAUGACGCUGGCCAUCACUUUCUCCAAGAUGACGAUCUUCACUGGGAUCACGUCUUUGUACGGUAGCAUCCUCCAGUUCGUGAGGCCGGCCAGCCUCGUGCGGGGCUGGGUCAUCGUCUCCUUCUUCACCUGGUUCAUCGGUGUCGUCAUGUUGGGGAUUUCUCCUUCCCUGUCGGACCAUUCCGAGAAUCAGACCUACCAAUAUGAGAGGUUAAAUGCAAGAAACGAGAAUAAGGAAGUAGCUUUCUUUGAUGACGAAGAUACAAAACCCGCUGAAUCCGUUGAUGUCAAGGUGGCUAAUAAACGGCAAAUUGGAGGAGGAUGGUUACCGAUGCUGGACGACUACCAGGGAAGAAAGAAGCGGAAUAGAGAGUUGUUAUUGCUCAUUAUAAUGACGACCUAUUGUUAGACCAUGCGUCGCUGCUCCCGCUAAACUGUGCUUCUCUUUUGACAGCAGAGAAGUCUCAAGGUGGAAGGUUGGGGCCGAGAAGCACUAAGUUCUGUGUUGGCUUAUAUACUGCUAGCUAUCAAAGGUAUUUUCAUAUUGGCUGCAUUUUGGGGAGCCCGGACUGUCUAAACGGUUGAGGGAACUCACUGGGCGCCCUUUUGAGGUCUGAAAAUGUCCAUAUGUGAGGGAGAAAUGAUCUUCGGCCUUGGAGACAACCUUAAUAAUUUGUUUGUUUCAUUUAUAUGCAUUGUAGCCCAACCUCUUGUUGUCUUUCUCCUCCACUGCCGCCCCUCCGCAUCGCUGCCGCCUCCAUCAGACUAAUCGAGCGUGCCCUGGACGAGGGCCCCGAAUCAUGGGACGAUAGCGCAGACCGCCGCAAUGGCAUGGCGGCGUAACCCCAGGGACAGGCGUGGCGCUAUUGCGGCCAGCGAGUAGCGUUGCAAGGGCGCGGAGGCAAUUGUGUAACCCCAGCGCAGGGCGUGGCGGCGUUGCAUCGAAGAUUCGUUCUUGAUUUGAUUUGGCGGUGUUGUCUUGGAGUGGCGAGGGGGGCUUUCGAUUGGGGAGAUGGGUCGAACUCCAAUCUGGUGCGGUCGCAUAUGGCCACGUCCGAGUUUUCUUUCGUUUUGCUAGCCUAAUCUCGGGUUGAAGGGAAGGGAUGCGUUUCACUGACUGUAGAUCGUGAAAUGGUAGAGAGAUAGACUGAGUCUGCUCAGUAACAACAAAUAAACCAACUUCAUGCACAUUUUUGGUCAAGCAGUCUGACAGUUGAGUCGUCCAUGGGUAACUGCAUCUGAUUUUUGUUGGAACUCUGGGUGAAUUGCUUUUGCAGAUUUGACAAUUGAGAUGCUAGAGAACACAAGAACCGGGUGCUAUCAGCGACUGAUGCCUGGCGAGCAGUUGAGGUAGCCAGGAACCAUCCUUGAGAAAAGAUUGGUGCUGGAAUACAGUGGAAGGAGCCUCUGUCGCGGGGAUGACGAUCAGGUGACUGGUGUGGGAAAUGACAGCUCUCAGUCAAUGCAGGAUGGCAUGAUAAAAGAAGUUGUUAGCACCGAGCCACCGACAGAUGAGCAGAUGGAUUUCGUUAUCCGGGUGAUAGCACAGACGAGCAGAUGGAUUUCGUUAUCCGGGUGAUAGCAAGGAAGCUGAAGAGCAUGAUGGACAAGGGACAGACGGAAAAGAGUUGCAGGAUGGACAAGGGAUGAAUGAAAAGGAGUAGGAGGAAGCAAGUUAUAACAAAUAUGGAUCUGGUGCAUCAGAGAAUAACAUUGCUGGAACACAUAUUACUGCAAGCCUUACAUCUUCUUUCAAAAAGGUAAAAUUUAUUAGAGAAGACCAAUCUAUUGGUUGACAAAGACGAUCAAGCCCUUUCCCCUUCUAAAGGAGGUGGUAUAUUACUGGAAGUCUGUGAAUCCCCUUCUAAGCGGGUAAAUUAGUGGAAGACUAUGUAUCAUGGGUACAUACCUGACAUGUCUGGGUCAUCUUAUUUAAAUGUAGGACACAAAAUUAACCUAGGAACUAACCUUGUUCCAGCACAUCUAUAUUACUACUACUCAGUAUCUAACCUUUUGUGUGUGGGAAAACUCAGGAUGUAAACUGAUACUUCGUAUGAAGGUAAAAUAUUUGUGCACUGAAUGAACUGAGAAUAGAGGUGAUAUUAUUUUUUGUAAAAAUCUAAGUUUUUCGAUGACUUCUCCCAAAGACACCGCAGCCAUCUUAAUAGGAAAACUUGAUCAGACUUACCCAGAGUAUGCUAUUCUCUCUCUAACAAUAAUUAAUUUUUGUAAGGAGACAUUACCGGGAUGUAAGGAGACUUGCCCAUGGUAUGUUUUCUCUCUCUAACAAUAAUUAUCUUGUGUACUACUUAGAUAACUUGUUAAAUGUUUUGUACUGCUCGAUCACACAUAUCAUAUUUAUGUGGUAAGAAAGGAAUUGUUAGCUGAAACAAAUAAUGUUGUGUGUUGGUGUCAUGUAGGUGACGGCAAUGGAUGUCAUGUAGAAACUACAUAUUGUGUGUUGGAUAUUUGUUUUCUGAAUUUAACUCUUUGUUGAUAACUUCUCUUUUUAUUUGUGAAGAAUUUCUUCACAUCCUGUAUCAUGAGCAAAUUAUUUUGAGAUAUAUAAAUAUAUUUUCUAGA